UACCGAGCAAGAUCUAGAAUCCACCUUAAAACCUCUCCUGGAAGGACUACUCCUUUUCCUCCUCUCUUCUGCACUCCACUGGCGGCAUACAAGAGACAACGUGUCUGAUACCUUGACAAGGCCACCCCCUGAUCCUGAAGAUGUGCUCCACAAAUCCAGGCAACUGGGUCACCUUUGAUGAUGACCCUGCUUUUCAGUCUUCUCAAAAGUCAAAGAAUUUCCCUCUGGAGAAUCCAAGUGUCUGUAGACCAAAUGGACUUAAGCUGAACCUGUCUGGCCUCAGAGAAUUUCCCAGUGGGCCUUCCUCUACCAGCAGCACCCCGCUGUCUUCUCCCAUUGUUGAUUUUUACUUUAGCCCGGGACCUCCAAGUAAUUCUCCCCUUUCUACACCUACCAAAGACUUCCCAGGUUUUCCUGGCAUCCCUAAAUCAGGGGCUCAUGUGCUGUAUCCUAUUCCAGAAUCUUCAAACAGCCCGCUCGUGCCAGCAGGAGCAGGUUCCUCCUUAUUGUCUGCUAAGUCAACCUGUGUAUCCCAUGCUUUCUUACCUAAUGACCCCUCAUGCACACCUCCAGCUCCCAGAGGGGGUCUCUCAGAUGAAACGAGUCCUCAGCAGGCUGAAGGUGGAGGGGUCCAAAGUGAUGCUCCCCAGUUUCAGUAUUUUCGAGAGGACUGUGCUUUUUCAAGUCCAUUUUGGAAAGAUGAAGGCAGUGCUUCUCAGUUCACCUUUGACCCCCCAGGAAGCAGAAAGACUUUCUCAUCAAGAGACAGGGAUAUGCCUAUGGAUCCAAAAAGCCUAAAUAAAUGUUCACUUGACUACAUCUGUGAGAAACUUGAACACCUCCAGUCAGCUGAGCACCAAGACCCUCUUGGAAAUUUGUCUAUGCAGUGUCCCUAUGCUGAAAACUCUGCUUCUUCCUUUGUCCCCCAUACGCUUUUCAGAAGUCAACCCAAGGCUGGAUGGUCCUUCAUGCUGAGAAUUCCUGAGAAGAAGAACAUGAUGUCUUCCCGGCAAUGGGGACCAAUUUUUCUGAAAGUCUUACCUGGAGGAAUUUUGCAAAUGUAUUAUGAGAAGGGCUUGGAGAAGCCAUUCAAAGAGUUUCAGCUUGAUCCACAUUGCAGACUUUCUGAACCCAAAGUUGAGAACUUCAAUGUGGCAGGAAAAAUCCAUACUGUGAAGAUUGAACAUGUGUCUUACACAGAGAAAAGGAAAUACCAUUCUAAGACAGAAGUAGUUCACGAACCAGAUGUAGAACAGAUGCUGAAGUUGGGGUCCACGGAGUACAGGGACUUCCUGGACUUUCUGACUACUGUGGAGGAGGAGCUACUGAAGCUGCCAGCUGUUCCCAAACCAAAGAAGAACUAUGAGGAGCAAGAAAUUUCCCUGGAAAUUGUGGACAACUUUUGGGGUAAAGUCACAAGAGAGGAUGGUAAAUUGGUUGAAAGUGCUGUGAUAACUCAGAUCUGUUGCCUCUGCUUUGUGAAUGGGAAUGUGGAGUGCUUUUUAACCUUGAAUGACCUUGAACUGCAGAAGCAAGAUGAAUGCUGUUUUGAAAAAGAUCCAGAAAAGAAGUGGAUUGAUAUUCUCGACUACCAUUUUCAUAAGUGUGUGAAAGGACAAGAAUUUGAGCAGUCAAGAAUCAUUAAAUUUGCCCCUCUUGAUGCCUGCCGGUUCGAGCUGAUGCGUUUCAAGACUUUGUAUGAUGGCAACGAGCUUCCCUUUUCUGUGAAGUCCGUCGUGGUUGUCCAAGGAGCGUAUGUGGAACUUCAGGCCUUUGUCAACAUGGCCCCGUUGGCUCAGAGGCAAUCCCACUCCAGUUCCUUGAGGUGCUGUGACAACAUAAUGAUACACUUUCCUGUCCCAUCUCAGUGGAUCAAGGCCCUCUGGACCAUGAACCUCCAGAGGCAGAAGUCCCUGAAAGCCAAAAUGAACCGACGGGCCUGUCUGGGGAGUUUACAUGAACCUGAAUCUGAACCUGUCAUUCAGGUCACGGUGGGGUCCGCAAAAUAUGAGAGUGCCUACCGGGCUGUGGUGUGGAAGAUAGAUCGGCUUCCUGAUAAAAAUUCAAGUCCUGAUCAUCCCCACUGUCUGUCAUACAAACUUGAACUUGGAUCAGACCAAGAAAUUCCCUCUGACUGGUAUCCAUUUGCUACUGUUCAGUUUUCUGUGCCUGAGUCCUGUGCCUCAGGGACAGAGGUCAGGUCUCUGGGAGUGGAGAGUGACGUCCAGCCACAGAAACAUGUUCAUCAGCGAGCUUGCUACAACAUACAGGUUGAAAUAGAAAAGAAAUGGAUUAAAAUUGAUGGAGAAGACCCAGAUAAAGCUGGUGGCUGCAUAACACAGUAGAAGUACCAAGAGGAUGUGAUGAUGAUCCACAUUCAAAUAUAUAACUCGGAGAAACCACAUGAAGUUCUGCUACUGGCUUCUGAGUGGUGGGCUUAGGACAGGCCCAGGGACUGUGUGUAGAGAAGCUUAGACCUAAACCCAAACCAUCUGUAUUUUAUGCUUUUGAUGUGUUUUUGCCAUAGGGGUUUCAUCUAAAUGUAUUGUAAUUUGUGUGAUGUUUUGCUUCUUAUUAAAACUCAAAGGCACUGUUAUCUGAUAUGUGGCCUGGCAGCCAGUUUGGCUGAAGGGUUUUUGAUUUUUGAUUACUCAGUGGCUGAUGCUUCGUACUCUGGAUUACCUGAGUGCCAUAUUUAUUAUCCCUCAUUCCCCAUCUCUUCUUGCUGUGUUAGCACCUGUACCAGAGGGAAAGGCAAUCAAAGGAGACAUAAACCAAAAUACUUAACUUCCCCUUUUGCUCAUCUCUGAAACGUGCUUUGAUAGAGAACGAUGUUGAAACCACAGCUAAAAUGGAGAUUUGGUUCUGAAUUAUUUAUAUUCCCAUCCUCUGACCACAUUGGUAAGUAAUCAUUGACUGUAUUUGGUAGCUGUCUUUCCCCUGCUCUAUUAUCAUUUGCAAAAUGUCUUUGUAUUUUGGUAUGUGCUGCAAAGAAGCUAUUUCUGUUGAUACACAUAUUUUAGUACAAGUCACUAAGAUGUACUACCUUUUGGUUGGUGGGAUUCCUUUCAAAGUAGAGUCAGAGUAUUGAAUCCUAGUUAAAAUAUUUAUGUACAUUAAAGAUGAAUUUUUAAAGUUCACGAAUAUUGUUUUCUAAAAGUACAGACUCUAAGAAUGUAUUUUGAUAAAAUAUUUGUAAUUAACAGAAGCCUCUCUUGAGUAGACAUCUAAAUCAUAUUAUGAUUAUUUUAUGUUAGUGCUGCUAUCAUGCUAUCUUAUGCUAAUUAUAUGCUUAAUUUAGAGUAUUGUUCUUUAAAAGAUGAGUAAAGUGAAAGAUACUAGAUUAUUUUGCUUAGAUUUCUGAGAGGAGACAUUUCUAUUCUUCAAAGUCAGGGAAAUGACUACAAUAGUUUAGUUUCUAGUGAAAAGUCAGCAACAUUAGCACUUAUAAUUCUGCUUGUAAUUUCCUUUUAAUAUUUACAGUCACAGAUCAGAAUUGUAUUUUUAAGUCUGAAAAACAAGGUCUCUGUGAUUUUAAUACACCUUCAAUGUAUGUUGAAUCUUAAAUAUGAUCAGGAGUCAUUUUUCUCUAUUUACUGCAUUGUUUUGAGUCAAAACUAAUAUAAUGUUCUUCCCAACAACA